GCCGGUAACAACAAUAUCGCGAAAUUCCUACUUACAAACUCCAACUUAAAACAAAGUUUCAAAAGAAAUAACUUUCAGCGGAGAUACAUUUUCGCGGUCCAAUCAUUGGCGUUCCUUCCAACUAUCUUACGGUUUCAAGAAAUUUUGUGUCCACAUCUUGAAACACUCCUAAACCAAUUGACAGUUUUUUCUAAAAAAAACUUUCAAAUCUCCUGAUUCAGAAAUUAGAUGAUCGCUGGUGUACUACUACUACUAACGUUGGCGUAAGAGUAAAAGUGUGUUUUGGUAUUGUUAUUUUAAAUUAGUGAUUGAAGAGAAGGAUCUGGGGUAUUCCCACGCAAAUAAUUUGUUUUUGUAUAGGUGCAACAGGUCUGUUGUAUGUGCAGAGCGCAGCAUGCUGUAAGGGGAAAGGGACGCCAUGGUGGAUAGACAUCGUCACAGUAUUAACCAGAUAGAAGAACCAAGGCCUAGGCCAAGAUGGGGAAGUUUGGCAAAUGAACGCGCGUUGCUGGAUCUACUCGAUGGCGAUCAGCAAAAUUUACAACCAGCUUCACUCACGUUGGCCCCUAUCAACAAUUCGAACAUUUACGCCCGAAGGCAUUCGGCACACACUUGUCCUAUCACGGAGGAGAGACAUGCACCGGUUGCUAGCAUACCACCGCCAGUUCCAUUGCGACCACCUGCUGUCCCCAAAAGAACGCAUGUUCCCGCACCGGUGAACUCGUCCGAAAGUGCAAAGAUGAACGUUCGGCUUCAACCACAACCACCCCCAGUAAUCCCCCCUUUGCCGAAAUCUCGAGCCUUGCCCCCCAUCCCCCCUGUAGAUAACAAACCGAGACCGCCCGUUAGAAACCAAAUUUCAACCGACUCCAGUAAUAUAAAUAUCUUAUCACGAACGUACGACUUAAAUAGGAACGCGUCACCGAAACAGUCAGAUAUAUCUGCUUGCACAUUACUACUAGACUUCACAAAGAUUCCCCCAGCGCCCGUAGGGCCGCCACCACCGGCACCGAAAACUUGUCAUAAGCCCACCAUUUCUCCGGCAAAUAAAGUUCCCGGAAAUCAGCAAUGUAACGGAGGGCGAGUUUCAGUACGGCAAGACUCGGGCAUAUCGAGUGAUAGUUUUAGUCAAACAUCUUCCCCGAGUUACACCACAAAAACAAUGGAAACUCCUCUCUUGCCUCCAAAGACCCCCGUCAGACAACAGAACGGAAUCUUAGCAAAAGUCCAGAAUGUCGAAGACGAUGCUAAUGGCAACACGACCAUUACUAAAAGUGCAUCCACGCCUGCGAGUUUGCAGACCAUCGUGCGCUUUCAUAAUGGUUCGAAUAUGUCGCUUCACCAUAGGAUAAUUAGAGAUAUGAGACGUCCCUCGAGCCACUAUGCUCGACGUUUAAAAUUAAGGUUUAGAUUUGCUCAAAUUAUUAUUAAUGCAAUUGCCUUGUUUGCCAUUGGCGCAGGGAUGGCGGCGUACUUUAAAGCUUAUCCAUCAUCAGUGCAAGUAGUAAAUAAAACAGUCAAUACAACAAUAACUCCAGUUGUAGAGAAAAUCAGUAUGAAUCCAGCACCCGGAAUCUGUCUCCCCGUGAUUGUAAAUUUUUGUCUCCAACAUAAAGUACCUUACAAUUACACUGUUUUUCCCAACUACAUGGGCCAAUUUGGCCAAAGAGACGCUCAACAAGAGUUGGAACUGUACGAUGCUGUUGUAGAUGUGCGUUGCUACGAACUUUCAGCAUUAUUUCUUUGCUCCCUUUUCGUACCUAAAUGUGGCCCCCAUGGCGAAGUAGUCCGGCCCUGUCGUAAUCUUUGUUUUGAGACAAAAAGAAGGUGCGGCUUUUUUCUCGAUGUGUUCGGACUCACCCUCCCGGAAUACCUCGACUGUGGUUUGUUUCCGGAAAAGCCUGAUCGCGGUCACUGCAUCGGUUAUCAUGAAGUCAAGCAAGCCAAAUUGCGUGCCCAAAGACCAGUCUGUCCAAAUGGCUUCCAAUGUGACGUACGACGUUGCAUUCCGAAAGAUUGGCAAUGUGACGGUCACAUGGAUUGUAAAGACAAAUCCGAUGAAUUGAAUUGUAAAAAAUGUGGCCCGGGAAUGAUCCACUGCGGGGGUGAUAAAUGCAUCACGCAAGAACACAUGUGUGAUGGAAAAGUAGAUUGUCCAUGGGGCCAGGAUGAAAGGAAUUGUUUGAGAUUAAGUGAGCGAAAUGGAGAUGAAGGGAAAGGGCAGUUGGAGGUGUAUAGGCCUGAUCAAGAAGAAUGGGUGCCAGCAUGUGUGGCACACUGGGAUCAGAAAACGUCGCCAAAAUCGAUCUGCUCACUUCUUGGAUAUUCGAAUUCCAAUGGAAGUCGUUUAUUGAGAGGUACCGACAUAAACAUUUCUCCACCAAUUCAGGAGACAACGGCUAUCUGGCGAAUGAACCAGAACAAACGGCCGAAGAACAUGAUCCGAGAAUUUGGUUCGUGCAACGGCACGACCUACCCAACUGUAGCUUUGAAUUGUACAAAUUAUAUGUGUGGAAAAGCUCGGAAAAGUUACGCAGAACGACUCACUUUGAGAAUAGUCGGGGGUGUUCCAUCAAAACCGGGCGACUGGCCAUUUCUUGCAGCUUUGCUUGGAGGUCCUGAAGAAAUAUUUUAUUGUGCGGGCGUUUUAAUCGCCGAUCAGUGGGUGCUUACAGCAUCUCACUGUGUCGGGAACCAUUCGGAUGUUUCCGGUUGGACCAUUCAGCUGGGCAUUACCAGGCGGCAUGCUCAUGCUUUUUACGGCCAAAAAAUGAAAGUUAAAAAUGUUGUUCCACAUCCAUUGUAUAAUCUUGGCGUGGCACACGACAAUGAUGUCGCUUUAUUUCAACUCUCGUCCAGAGUCGAUUUUCACGAACAUUUAUUGCCAGUUUGUCUUCCACCUGCCAAUAAGCAACUUCACCCGGGAACAAUUUGUACAGUGAUAGGAUGGGGCAAAAAAGAGGACACCGGAAUGUCAGAAUACGAACCCGAAGUAAAUGAAGUGGAGGUGCCCGUUUUGAAUCGAGACUUGUGUAACGCUUGGCUGGAAAAUCGAGAACUGAACGUUACAGAGGGUAUGAUCUGUGCCGGGUAUAAGGAAGGAGGAAAAGAUGCCUGUCAGGGAGAUUCCGGAGGUCCUUUACUAUGUCGCGACAACAACGAUCCAGACCGAUGGUUUGUAGGUGGAAUCGUCAGUUGGGGUAUCAAAUGUGCUCAUCCGCACCUCCCCGGAGUUUAUGCUUACGUUCCCAAAUAUAUUCCUUGGAUUUUACAGCAGAUGAAGCAUUACUCUGAUUAGGUAGUAGAUAAGACAAUAAUCUCAAUUAAGCUGACAAUAAUGUAACAAGAAUGAAUGGUACAAAUUAUACACGGUAACUAUGGUUUUCUAAGACAUUUACAUGAACAGAAUGCUUACAAAGUUACUUAGUAAAACGCAUUUAUUAUAUUGUGGUAUAGCAGUUCUCCCCUGCCACAAUCCAGCCACGCACAAUAUCUAGAAUGAUCCUAUAGUGAUAUUUCGUGACAAUUCACCUAGUGUUCGAGCGGACCGCUACUACAUGUGAUCUGUUUAUACAGCUGUGUCAUAUACAACUUUGAGCGGUAUUAAUAAAUAUACUGAACUAAACCAUGCCGUAACAAGCCAUCGCUUUCAAGCAACCCAUACGUAUGUUACCGAAAAGACACGAUUCUAGUUAAAACCUGAUUAUUUUAUUUUCGUUAGACAAUUCUAGUUUUGACCAUGUGAAACGUAUUUAAUGGGAAAUGAAAUGCUUGGAAUUACGGUUAGUUGCUAAUAACUUAAAAUUCGUGGAGCGACUAUUAUUAAUGUUACCUUUUUUUGCGUUUUAGUAAAACUACUCACAUGUAGGAAAAAAUAUAAAAGAUUAAUGUUUACUGAAAACUAGAGCCAACUGAGAAUUUUGAGUGUUAACUAGUUAAAUUUAGAAUUGACACAAGAGUUUAUCCCCAAAAGAAAGAGUUUUAAUUGAAACUGGGCUUUUGCGGUAACAUAUGCAUAUACAGUGGUGGAAUGUUGGAUAUUUUGAUAAUUAAAUAGCUCGAAAAGUUUCGAAACUCCUCGGAAUGAAAUUUUUGCGUGAAAAUAAACACAUAACUUAACACAACUUGCUAAGUUUGUCAAAAACAAUCAGAUUGAAUAUUGCAUGAAAUCAGUGUGUUUGUCAGAAGUCUUGAAAUCGAAAGAAACGAUCAAGUUUUAUUGUGAUGGUUGAAUGUAUAAUAUAUGCCCUUAUUGUGAAUGUAUAAAUGUAUACGUAAUGUAUUUACACCGAAAUAUGCGUCUUCUUUUUGCUCGUGAAAAGGAAUUUUUGAGAUCAUUGCUAUAACCCUUUAACGAGCAUGAAAAGUUCAGUAUAUUUCGUAAGAUCGCCGUCUGUGCAGAAGUCUUCGAAGGCCCUAUUAGUUAAAAGCCUUGCGCCCUGGUGCUGACGUACCCUUGACAAUAAUUACUUCGGAGCCUUCUGCAAUGCUUUAAAUAUAUUUUAUACCCUUAGAAAGAGAAGAUAUCAUAGUUUUCUAUAGAUUUAUAACGAUGUUAUCUAGUGUCUACUGUGCGCAGGUCAUGAAUUUUACAGCUCGCGGCAAGGACCACGCUCAACCAGGUCGAAAUAUAUUUGGCAUCAAAAUUUACAAAAACAGUUACGCGUUAAAUUUACUUCUACAUGCGAUUUAAUCAACAAUCCCUGUCAUCCCCUGAAAGUUAAUUACUUCGGUUUGAGACGAUUUUCUUGGAAGAAUGUCAGAGUCUGGAUCUGGGGAAUAAAUUUUCUCCUACCUCAAUACCUUAUUAUUAGCUUGUCCUCGCCGUCGGCGAUUGUCAAAUUCCACAGUCCCUGCGUUUAACUAAAAUUGCGACGUGUGGGCAAUCACUAAUGAAAUACGUUGUACAUGUUUCUAAAUUGUGUUUUUCAUAGAGAAAUAAUAUAAAAGUCAUUAGUCACUCAAGACAAUUAGAACUAUAAAUUGUUACACCUCAAUAUUGAUUGCAGGAACUACAAAAAAAUUACAGUGAUAUUAGAUCUUAAGAUUACCAUAAAUUCAAUUUAAAUAGAUUUAAACUGACAACUAAGCCAAUUAAAACUUCUGCAGUCAAUAUUUACGGUGAUUUUUACGUGAUUAAUGACACAAAAAAUAAUAGGCUCACAUGAAAUUUUACAUAGUGCUACAUAUCUUGGAGAAUCAUAAAAAUUAAGUGAUAUUACAUAUCCUGACAAUAUUUUAGACAAUAAAUAUAUAUUUAUACAUCAUGUGGGUGCUUUCAUGUGAGCUUUGAAAUAUGCAUAAUUGUUUGGGAAAAAAUACUAUUUUGAUAGAACCGUUCUUAUGUUUUAUGAAAAUGUUUAAAUUAGGCGAAAUUGUUCACUUAUGUGUUCCUUGGCUUUUGCUGCUACAUCUAGUGGAUGCAAUGGGACAAUAACUGGUCUAGUUAUGUGUGAUGUCCGGUCAGCAUGCUAUGUGCUUCCAGUUACCGCUCCUGUAUUAUUGAAACCUGUGUUGAAAAAAUGUAGUCAAUAUAUACUAAAACACACUCUGUUUAUUUCAGUCCUUUCCCCUAAAAUACGAUAUAACAAUAGAGAAAUUUUAUCUAAUCGUGUAACAGUAAAGUUUGAAGUUGUCUCGUUGAGAGUAACUUCGUAAGACGCACCAGAAGACACCCUUGCUAAGGGCACGAUAAUAGAAGGAGUUCCAGUGGCGAACCGAUUUGGAAGAGAUGUCAAAAAAUCUGUAAAAAAUGCAAUAUGGAAACAACGCCAGAUCCAGACCAAAACCAACUUAACGGGAAUCAAGCAGGAUGCAAGAAACUCGCUCUGUCUGUCUGAAGACAGAUUCUUCCAGGUCUCAAUUAAUCGCAUACGUCUGGGUCACACAUGGCUAACCCAAAAAAUGGCCAAAACUCAAAAACCGUUUCGUAAAAAUUGUAACACCCUAAUAGAUGUGGACCAUCUGCCCCAAGUACGAAGAAUGGAGACCGGCAGCCUUCCGUUCCACCUCCCUGGGCGACUUAGUAACGUUACCUGCCCUAAUGAACGAUCUUCUACUGUUUUUGAAGAAUUUCAAAUAUUUUACUUUUGUAAUAUUCACUUAUGGACUUAUCGCUAAUAACCAUGUCGUUGAUGCGGUUUUUGUUUAAAUAAAAAAUAAUAAUAAUAUUAACCGUAUAGAAGAUAAAAAUAUUUCUGUGUUGGAAAUUUUGGCUUUUUUGCUUCAAAUCUUGGAUUAAUUUUUUUUGAAAUGGGAAUGGAAUGGAAUGUAACAUUUUCGAAACAACCAAAUUAAACAUUCGAAUUUUGUA